UCCAGCCAUCAGCCGCUCCUCAUCUCCUCUGCUCUCUCUAUCUCUCUGGGAGCCCUGUGUUGUUUGCCUUCUCUGAGUCCAUCUUUCUGCCUCCAUCCAUCCAUCUCUCUCUCUCUCUCUCUCUCUCUCUCUCUCUGUCGUUACUGUUACCCCAGUGUCGGAACCAUGAGUCUGCGUAAGAAGCGCUUCAGCUCCAGCUCGGUGCGGAGCAGCACUGGGAAGCUGGGGGGCUACGCUGGGACCGGCUUCAGCGGGGCGUCUCUGGGCGCUGCCCCGUCCUCCUACCUGGGCUCUCCCAUCAGCUCCGUGUCCGUCAACAAGAACCUGCUGGCCCCUCUCAAACUGGAGCUCGACCCCAACAUCCAGGCUGUGCGCAACCUGGAGAAGGAGCAGAUCAAGUCCCUCAACAACCGCUUUGCCUCCUUCAUUGACAAAGUGCGCUACCUGGAGCAGCAGAACAAGAUGCUGGAGACCAAGUGGGAGCUGCUGGAUGGACAGAGGCCCGAGCGCUCCAACGUUGAGCCCAUGUUCGAGGCCUACAUGGCCAACCUGCGCCGGCAGCUGGACGUGGUCAACCACGACAAGAUCAAGCUGGAUGGAGAACUGAGGAACAUGCAGAGCCUGGUGGAGGACUUCAAGCACAAGUACGAGGAGGAGAUCAACAAGAGGAACAAUCUAGAGAACGACUUUGUGAUCCUGAAAAAGGAUGUGGACUCUGCCUACCUGGUGAAGGCUGAUCUGGAGGAUAAAGUAGGAGCUCUCACAGACGAGAUCAACUUCCUACGCAGCAUCUAUGAGGAGGAGUUGCGUGAGCUUCAGGCCAGCCUGAGGGAGACCUCGGUCGUCGUGCAGAUGGACAACUCCCGCCACCUCGACAUGGACGGCAUUGUGGCCGAGGUCAAGUCCCAGUAUGAGGACAUCGCAGCCCGGAGUCGAGAUGAGGCCGAGUCCUGGUACAAGAGUAAGGUGGACAUGAUGUCCAAACAAGCCCAGCAGUAUGGAGAUGAUCUGCGUAACACUAAGGGAGAGAUCGCUGAGCUGAACCGUGUUAUCGGACGUGUACGAAGUGAGAUUGAGACUGUCAAAGGCCAGCGUGCCAACCUGGAGAACCAGAUAGCGGAGGCAGAGGAACGAGGCGAGCUGGCUGUGAGGGAUGCCAAGGGACGCAUCAGAGACCUGGAGGACGCCCUGCAGCGCGCCAAGCAGGACAUGGCACUCCAGGUGCGCGAGUACCAGGAGCUCAUGAACGUCAAGCUGGCGAUGGACAUCGAGAUUGCCACCUACAGGAAGCUGCUGGAAGGAGAGGAGAGCAGAAUUGGCCACAAUCCUAUCCUGAGCAUCCAUUCUUUCCCCAACACAAAUCACAAUGCCAAAGCUGUGAAUGGAAGCAGCUCUUCAACUCCAAAACUCCUGAUUAAGACCACGGAACAUCGCGACCUCACCAGAUACACCAGCUACUGAUGUCGCCACUUCAGCACACAGACACCCACUGUGGUCCUGCCCCUGCAGUCCCUCUCGGGAAACCCUUCCUCUUGGCCUCCUCAAUCCCAGCAUCCUCUGAGCUAGACUGCGAUCAUUCACCUCAGAUUCUUUAUAUGGCAGUUUUGACAGUCUGCUGCUAUGGUUUGGCGUAAAUAGAAAACAUGCAUAUAUUAUACAGCCCCAUGGAUACUUAUUUCAGACCACUGAUCAGCAAUGGUGUAUUGAAUGGUAAAAUAAAUGUUCUGUAGUUGUCACCAUAGUGACCAGUGGUAUAGGAUGCGUUAUGGUGCUGGGAGGAUCUGUUCUUAUCUUAAAUGCCUUUACUGCAGCUUGUGCUAUUGACAUCUAUGUUCUGUAACCUGACUAACAGAAUGGCCUGUAGGAGUUUUAUUGGCCCAUCUUUCUCCAACUUUUAUGGCAAAAGGCUGAAGAUACCAAAUCUAUAUGACUAAUUUCAUUUGUGAGUUCAAUAAAUAUAUCUGAAAAGCA